AUGUGUGGUAUUUUUGCUGCUUAUAAACAUGAAAACGCUGAAGCGUUUAAGCCAAGAGCUUUACAACUGUCGAAAAGAAUUAGACAUCGUGGUCCAGAUUGGUCUGGUAACGUUGUCAAAAACUCUACCAUCUUAGUUCAUGAAAGAUUAGCUAUUGUUGGUUUAGAUUCUGGUGCUCAACCAAUUACUUCUCCAUGUGGUGAUUACGUAUUGUGUGUCAAUGGUGAAAUUUAUAAUCAUAUUCAAUUAAGGGAAUCUUGUCCAGAUUACAAAUACAAAACUUUAAGUGAUUGUGAACCUAUCAUUCCUCUAUAUUUAAAACAUGACAUCGAUGCUCCAAAGUAUCUAGAUGGUAUGUUUGCUUGGUGUCUGUAUGAUGCAAAGAAAGAUCGUAUUAUCGCUGCAAGAGAUCCAAUUGGUAUCACUACUUUAUACAUGGGGCGGAACUCAAAAUCUCCAAAGACAGUCUUUUUUGCUUCUGAAUUAAAAUGUUUAACUGACGAUUGUGACAGCAUUAUGGCUUUCCCACCUGGUCAUGUCUACGAUUCUGAAACUGAUCAAAUUACCCGUUAUUUCUCUCCAGAUUGGAUCGAUGAACAAAGAAUCCCAACUGAACCUGUUAGUUACAAAGCUAUCAGAGAAAGUUUGGAAAAGGCUGUUAGAAAGAGAUUAAUGGCUGAAGUUCCAUACGGUGUCUUAUUAUCUGGUGGUUUAGAUUCUUCUUUAAUCGCCUCUAUUGCUGCCCGUGAAACUGAAAAGGCUAUGAAAGAAAUGGAUACAACUGCUUAUGAUUCUGAAGAUAAGCAUCUAACAGGUAUUGAUGACCAAGGUAACUUGCAUACCGCUGGUUGGUCUCGUUUACACUCUUUUGCUAUCGGUUUACCAAAUGCUCCAGAUUUGUUAGCUGCCAGAAAAGUAGCUAAAUUCAUCGGUUCUAUUCAUCAUGAACAUACUUUCACUUUACAAGAAGGUUUAGACGCUUUGGAUGAUGUUAUCUACCAUUUGGAAACUUACGAUGUCACUACCAUCAGAGCCUCUACUCCAAUGUUCUUGUUAUCAAGAAAGAUUAAAGCUCAAGGUGUUAAGAUGGUUUUGUCUGGUGAAGGUUCUGAUGAAAUAUUCGGUGGUUACCUGUACUUUGCUCAAGCUCCUUCAGCUGCUGAAUUCCACACCGAAUCCGUUAAGCGUGUUAAGAACUUACACUUGGCUGAUUGUUUAAGAGCCAACAAGUCUACCAUGUCUUGGGGUUUGGAAGCUCGUGUACCAUUCUUGGAUCGUGAAUUCUUACAAUUAUGUAUGAACAUUGAUCCAGCCGAAAAGAUGAUUAAUGCAUCAGAAGGCCGUAUAGAAAAAUACAUCUUAAGAAAGGCUUUCGAUACUUCUGAUGAACCAGAUGAAAAACCUUACUUACCAGAAGAAAUCUUAUGGAGACAAAAGGAACAAUUCUCUGAUGGUGUUGGUUACUCUUGGAUUGAUGGUUUGAAAGACACUGCUGAAAGAGUUAUCUCUGACGAAUUAUUCUCUACUCCAAAGGAACACUGGGGUGCUGAUAUCCCAACUACCAAGGAAGCAUACUGGUACAGAUUGAAGUUCGAUGCUUUGUUCCCACAAAAGACUGCUGCCGAAACCGUCAUGAGAUGGAUUCCAAAGGCUGAUUGGGGUUGUGCUGAAGAUCCAUCUGGUAGAUAUGCUAAAAUCCACGAACAACACAUUGGUGACAAAUAA